UUGUCGAUUCGACUACACUGCUCCGGAUUGCGAAUUUCAUUUCUCAUUUCAAACAAUAAUUUUUGUGUAAUCUUUUUAAAUUUGACGUAACUAUUAAAGUAAAAUUUAAAAUGUCUGAUGAAGAAGUCAUUCGUAGGAGAUUGUUGAUUGAUGGGGAUGGUAUCGGAGACGACCGUAGACUUUACAUUAUUUUGAAGUCUUUUAUGAAAUGGGUAAAUAAUCCGGAAGUUGACCAUGUCCUGCAUGAAAGGAUGCUUUCUCAAUUAGCACAGUGUGAGUUUGCACAGAGAAAAUCUAGACUAGUCUCUUGCAUGAGUCAAGAAGAACAAAAAAAUUAUGAAAAUUUAUCAAAGGAAAUUGAUCUUGAAAUCGAAGAAGCCAAGGUAAACAUUGAAAAAACCAAGGCUGAGCUUCAAGAAGCCAAGCAAGUUAGGAAAAACAGGAUCGAGUACGAUGUGUUGGCCAAAGUUAUUAAUGUUCAGCCAGAUAGGAGAGAAACUAAUGUCAAACUUGCAACACUUCAAAAAGAGCUGGGAAGCUUGAAAGAAAAAUUACACCACUUGGAACAAAAACUUGAAAUGAGAAGAAAACAGUUUCAUGUUCUCAUAUCUUCGAUACAUUCUUUGCAGGGUAUGCUGGAUGAAUCUGACGAGGAAAUAAUGGAUGUCAGCUUAGAAGAUGUAAAUAUGUCUCCUAAAGUAGCGGCUUAA